GCCGCUUCACCGCCGGAGCAGCCGGUGCCCGCGCUGCCCCGCGGAGGGGCCGGGCCGCGGGCGGUGCGGGGGCUCCCGCAGCUGCGGCCGAGCAGAGGACUCGUGCCAGAUCAUCAUCAAGAACUACCUGGAGGGGGACCUGGGCCGCUACAUCGUGAAUGUCACGACGGCGGCACAGCUCUGCAGCACGGCGCUGGGCCAGGGCCGGGGCCGCUGCCUGCGCCAGGACAGCACCGCCGAUGUCUUCCUCCCCCUCAACUCCACCAGCUUCCAGCUGCGGCGCCGGGACGGGGACCACCCCCAGCGCCCCCUCUUCUGGGCCGAGGGCCAGCCGUCCUCUGCUGACACCCUCUUCCUACGGCUCUGCAAUUGGGCCUCCGUGGACAUCUGCCAGCAGAAGUCGGAGGAGCUGGUGCGGCAGCAGCACCCGCAGUGGCCCCCCGAGCUGGUGAAGGAGACGGCCAAGCAGCAGUUUGAGCAGGGUGCCCGCAACUUCAUGGAGCAGACCCUGCAGCUGGGCGAGACCCUCCGUCCCAAUGGCUACUGGGGUUUCUAUGGGUUCCCCAACUGCUACAACGACGACUUCGACAGCCUGCCCUACACCGGGACGUGCCCGGUGCUGGAGCAGCAGAGGAACAAGGAGCUGCGGUGGCUCUGGGAGAGCAGCCGGGCGCUCUACCCCAGCAUCUGCCUGCCCCCCUGCUUCAACAGCACCAGCAAGGCGCUCGCCUAUGUCCGGCCGCGCGUGGCCGAGGCUUUCGCCGUCCAGCGCGGCGUCCUCGACCGCGGCAUCCCCGUCCUGCCCUACUCCCAGAUCGCCUUUGACCACACUGUCGACUUCCUCUCCCAGGAGGACCUGAUGAACACCAUCGGGGAGAGCGCGGCUCAGGGCGCCGCCGGCAUCGUCCUCUGGGGCAGCCUCAACUACAGCACCUCCAAGGAGAUGUGCCUGAGGCUGAAGGACUACGUGGAGGGGCCCCUGGGCCACUACGUCGUCAACGUGACGGCCAGCGCCGAUCUGUGCAGCCAGAGCCUGUGCUCCGGCCAGGGCCGCUGCGUGCGCCAGGAGAACAAGCGGGGCUUCCUCCACCUCGACCCCUUCCGCUUCGCCGUCGACCUGCAAGCCGGCAAGCCCUGGCUGGUGGCCCAGAGCCUGGAGUCCGGGGACGACGUCUCCCGGCUGGCCGAGGAGUUCAGCUGCCAGUGCUAGGACAAGCGGCAGGGACCCCGCUGCGACACUCAGGGCUUCGCCGAGUGACCUCCCCGCCCCGUGCCGGGGACACCGGGGCGGGCAGGGUGACACCACCCCACACCCCAGCACCUUCGCCGUGGGGUUGGGAACCUCACCGCGAGGCUGCUAAUAAAACCGGUAGGCACCCGCAAGCGUCUCCUUGGCUUCUGCUGUGGCACGUUUUGGGGUGGGAGGGUCCCCAGGGACACUGGUGGUGCCUCGCGAUGCUGCCAAGGGCUGUGCGUCGGGCCAGGGGGUCUGGGAGUGUAAUGCCUCAGAGAAGGCAGAAAAGAAGAGGAAAAUGUAUGGGAGAAGACA